AGUCUGUGGCUAACCGCAAUCAAACACUUCUGGCAUCCACACCGAGCUUAAGUUUCCUCUCCUCCGCCAUCGUCCUGGUGAAUCCCCCUCUACGAAUACUGCUAGUUAAUCAACAUCUGUUCGCAUCCCCAUAGCUUCUGUCGUCCCGCUACGUACCGAGAGUUCCUGAAUUUCGAUUUGCAGAUUACCGUCGUCAUGGCGGGCUGGUUUACCUCUACCUCUCCGUUCGAUGAGCAGGUUGAGAAAGCGACCUCGUCAUCCCUAGAGGAUAUUGCGGCGAACCUAGAGAUUUCAGAUGUUAUCCGAUCGAAGAGCGUACAGCCCAAGGAUGCUAUGCGAUCACUGAAACGAAGAUUAGAGAGCAGGAAUCCGAAUGUGCAACUGGCAACCCUAAAGUUGACGGAUACAUGUGUCAAAAAUGGCGGAAACCACUUUCUCGCGGAGAUCGCUUCUCGGGAGUUCAUGGAUAAUCUUGUCUCGUUGCUGAGAGCUUCCGGACCCGCCACUCUCAACGAAGAGGUAAAGACAAAAGUACUAGAAUUAAUUCAGACAUGGGCUUUGGCUACGCAAACCCGCGCUGAUCUACCAUAUAUUGGUGAAACCUACCGGGGUCUGCAAAAAGAAGGUUAUCAGUUUCCGCCGAAGACAGAGAUGGCAAGCAGCAUGCUUGACAGCAGCGCCCCUCCAGAGUGGAUAGAUUCGGACGUCUGUAUGCGUUGUCGAACUGCCUUUACUUUCACUAACCGGAAACAUCACUGCCGGAACUGCGGCAGCGUUUUUGAUGCGCAGUGUUCUAGCAAAAGCAUUCCACUUCCUCACCUAGGGAUUAUGCAAGCCGUAAGAGUCGAUGACGGGUGCUAUGCUAAGCUAACAUCGAAAUCUUUUAAUCCUGCAAACUCAUCAAAUCGAUCCGGACUCAAACCUGCGUCGAGCUCCAAACCCUCCGUAGCUCCGAUGGAACCUCGUGGUGGGAGAGCCGAGUCGGACUUCGAUGAGGACCUAAAACGUGCUCUCCAGAUGAGCCUUGAAGAGGUAAAGGCUCAUACUGGUGCUGGAUAUGUCCCACAGACCAAAUCGGCUAUACCAGAAUUAAAGAAACCUGAGCCGAAGGUGCCCGAAGCAAACGGGCUACAUGGGGAUUCCUUGGAAGAUGAUGAUCCAGAUUUGCGAGCUGCCAUCCAAGCUUCGUUGAAAGAUAUGGAAGAGCAGAAGCAGAAGCACUCAGCUGCUCUGAAAAGCACGACUGUAGCAAAUUCAUCUACUUCCACUGCCAUGUCCACCGCCCUCAUGCCGAAGAAAGACUACGAGCUUACUGCUGUUGAAGCAGAAAAUAUUAAUUUGUUUGCCACACUAGUUGAUAGGUUACAACAUCAGCCUCCUGGCACGAUCCUGCGAGAACCACAAAUACAAGAACUAUAUGAGAGCAUAGGGGCCUUAAGACCUAAACUAGCGCGUACUUACGGGGAAACAAUGAGUAAACAUGAUACCCUUCUCGACCUCCAUGCCAAGUUAUCAACAGUCGUCAGGUACUAUGAUCGUAUGCUUGAAGACCGUCUCUCAAACACCUACGCACAACACACUCUGGGCACCUACAACUAUCUACCAUCCAGCCAACCUGCUUCAAAUAUAUAUCCAUCCAUGCCAACAAACCUACCAGAUAAUAAGGGGGGUGUGGAGAACUUCUAUUUUGGGUCGGGGCCUGUAGACAAUACUGUUCCUCCGAGCCAAUACCACCAACCUGAGCGCCAUUUGUCUGCCGGACCUGGCAACGAACAGCAUGCCGGUGUGCUUUCGCAAUCCACGCAAAUUAACAGCGCCCAAAAUCAUUACCAGCCACUCGCAUCACCGCAAUCUACACAUAAUCCAGCUCAAUAUCACGUCCAUCCAAUGCCUCAAGGAGAACCUUCGCAAGCUGGACAGGCCGAACAGGCGGGCACAACUGGGCCAGCUGGUUACUAUCUCCCACAGGGAGUGACUAUUCCCGUGGGCCACGACCCUAAUGCUGGCACAGCACCACAGUACGUUCCUGCACCGGAGCCAUCAUAUCCUCCGUCGCCGACAAUGCGAAGGGACUCUCAGUUCCAGACAGCCCAACCGACCCCGCGGUCGAACCACUCGCAACCUACCUAUUAUCCUUCCUCAGAUGUGAUUCAACCUCAUCAGCCACAACCUGUAGCCUAUAACGCCCAGCAAAUGUCCUCCGCUGCACAUUUCCAAGCCCAGCCCCAAUCACAAGAAGGCCCCAGCUCCCUACCACCAAGCGCAGCACAGCCCUCCCAACCCCAUAAUAAUUGGCCACAGCCAGACUCCGGAGCAGGUCCCCAAUACAUGGCACCACUUGGAAAUCCCGUCUAUCAAAGUUUCGUCCCCAUGGCGCCGACCGUGGAGCAAUCGUACGUACCCCACCAACAGCAACAUGCAACCCCGAAUCCGGUUAAAGAAACACCCUUGAUAGACAUAUGA